AUGACCUCCCUCGUCCUCAACGGUCUCGUCUCCCAGCCCAGCUCCUCCGCGCCCUCCCCGACCUCCCCGACCACCUCCAUCUACUCUCAAACCCCAGCGCAACCACGGCGCAGCUCCGUUCGUGGCUCAGUCAUCGUCGUGAACGGUCUCGGCGACCCGCCCCCUGGCGUCUCCUACGUCGACUACCUUCGCACCUGGUCCGACGCCGACACCGCCCGCUGGCUGUCCGAAAACCGGUGCGGCCACCAUGCCGACGCCUUUCGGGAGCACGACAUCCGCGGCGACGUCCUACUCGAGCUCGAUCAGGCCACCCUGAAGGAGAUGGGCAUUCCCAGCAUCGGAGAUAGAUUGCGGAUCAUGAACGCCGUCAAGGUCCUCCGCCAGCGCUGCUCUCAGCGCAGCAUCCCGACACCCACCAGCGUCAACCGUCCCCGAGUCAAUGUCACCACGAACGGCGUUAAUGGCGACGGAACGCACAAGCCCGGGACCAAUGACCAGCAGCAGCAAAUAUCUCCCUCCGGCCGCCUCGGCUCACGGCGCCUCGACGGCGCGCGCCCUGCGCCCCUCCGGCUCAAUCCCCUCGACCGACAAGGCCUUCCAGCCCUCGUCCGCGAUUCCGCGCCCGACUCGGCGCGCUCCGCCCGCGCACACCAGCCCAACACCUCCACGCCUCUCACCGCCGCCCAAACGCAAACGCCGCAAACCUCCACCACCUCCGCCGCCGCCGCGGCGACUCCACACACCGCGAGCUCCGUGCGCACGAUCCCGCCGUUGCCCCCGGCCCCGCGCGGCCAGCCGCCUAUGCCUCCUCCUGUGCGCGCGCCACCUCGCGGCCUCAACGUUCCCUCUGGUCGCAGCACGCCAACGCCCUCCCAGGUUGAGCCCGCGCCGUACGUUCACCAGCCUCUACCCCUCCCGCCCAACACCGCGCCGUCCCAGCCUGGCUCCAGCUGGACGGGUUCAUACGGUCUUCCCUCUGACCCACGCUCCGGUCGCCCUGCGCGCCCCGUCUCCCCCCUCGCCAAUGCCAACGGCACCACCAGUGCCAAUGCCAACACGACCACCAACCACCCUCCGCGCGGCUCCUCGCGCUCUGCCUCCCUCCUCGCCUCCCACGCUCGCAACAACUCGGCCUCCUCCGCCACGGGCGCCACCGCCGCAAAGCCGUCCCUCCCUCAGCGGCCCUCCACGAGCUCGAACUCGCACCCGUAUCAGCUCGCCCCCCCUGCCGCCGCCCACGCGGCGCAUAACCUCUCGCCCAUCGCCGAGUCGUUCUUGUCGCAGGGGCCGAGCACGCCGGCAUCCACGACGCCCUCGUACUCCGUCGGCCGCGGCCCCUUCGCGUCCAAGGGCGCCGGCUCCUCGCACGCCGCCACGCCCUCGCUCGACGACCUUCGCCGCCGGCUCGUCAAGUUCUCGCUCGACAUGGGCACGAUCCAGAACAACAUCGAGGCCGGCGCGCAGCAGACGACGAUCAACGUCACGGACUGCACCGGCGGCGUGGAGGUGCUCGAAAAGGCGCUCAAGAAGUUUGGCAAGCUGCCCAAGAUCGAUCCGGAUGGGAGCAUUAUGGACUACGUCAGCACGGCGGAGGGCGGGCUCACGCUCGACGGCUGGGGCGUGUACUACAGCUCGAAUGCUACGACUCCAAUGACUGAAGCUGACAUCGUGGCCGUGUGCCAUGCCCAACCCGAUGACCCUACCCGACACGGGCUCUCUCUCCGCCGCGCGGGCCAAGCGAAGCGCUCCAAACCUCUGCAGAACAUCUUCGGCGAACCUUCCGGCCAGCGCAACAGCCCGACCAGCCCGCGUUUCGGAUCGACGAGCCCCGACCCGCAAUACCUCGCCCCGUCGGGCUCGACCAGUGCGAACAUGAAACGUGCAAGCUCUAUCAGCAUCCUCAGCGGCCUCGGCGUGCGCGACCCGGAGAAAGCCCUCGAGCCGCCCACGUCGCCGACGCAGUCCCCCGCGCCCCCCGCGCCGCCAACGAAGAGCCCGCUGAGCGCGACCUUCCGCCAGACGCCGUCCAAGCUGCGCAACUUCUUCGGCCAGCGCCCGCCGAGCGAACUCAUCACGACGCACCUGCACGAGUACUUCCCCGCGACGUCCCGCAAGGUGCUCGAGCGCACCGCGCGCAACAGCAUGGCGCGCAACAGCCUGCUCGGCGGCCCGAACGCGCCGUGGAACCGGCCCCCUUCGAGCCGUUUCAGCACGAGCACGCAGGGCUCGCAACCGCGCGCGAGCACGGACUCGAGGAUCUCGUUCGCGCCCAACGGCGAGCUGCACGUCCCCGAUCCGCCGCCGCGUGUGUCGCUCUCGACGGAGGACGGGCAAUCGAUCGACAUGACGGUCGAAGGCGACGAGCAUACGACCGAGGAGGAGUCGCCGCAUAUAUUACCACCAGUCAACCUCCCGACGGAGUCGCUGUCGCAGUCUCUUGAAGGUGUGGCGCGCGAUUCGAUGUCAACGCGGUCCUCGACGCGCGCGUCUCGACGAAUGAGUUACAUGACGGAGUUGCGCAGCAAGCGCGACCGGUCAGAUACUGCAAGUCUCAUGACCGUUGAUCAGAUCACGGCGGAAGUCGAGAGCCGGCGAGACAGCGUCGCGUUCAGCACGAUGGAAUCUGACGACUGGACGCGUGUCGACGCCGAGGAAGCCGACGUACCGAAGGACUCCGACGAAGAUCUCAUCACAGAGGAUACGGAACUCGUCCCCGAAGAGGACGACGAUGAAACCGUCGACAACGAAAGUGUACAAGAAGAGGAAGCCGGCGAAGAGGAAGAGAUCAAGUGGAUCAAGGGUGCGCUCAUCGGUGCAGGAUCGUUCGGCAAAGUAUACCUUGGUAUGGGCGCAUCGAAUGGACUUCUCAUGGCCGUCAAACAAGUCGAGCUACCGAAGGGCAACACGCCCAACGACGAACGCAAGAAGAGCAUGCUAACAGCUCUGGAGCGGGAGAUUGCGUUACUCAAGAACCUGCAACACGAGAACAUUGUCCAAUAUUUAUCGUCCUCUACCGACGACGAAUACCUGAAUAUUUUCUUGGAAUAUGUACCGGGUGGUUCCAUCACGGCGUUGUUACGAAACUACGGCGCCUUCGAGGAGCCUCUCGUCCGCAACUUCGUCCGCCAGAUCCUGCAAGGCCUCAAGUACCUGCACGACAAGGAUAUCAUACAUCGCGACAUCAAGGGUGCCAACAUUCUCGUCGAUAACAAGGGCAGCAUUAAGAUAUCCGAUUUCGGUAUCUCCAAAAAGGCCUCGAAAGAGAGCCUUAUGGGUGGUAACCGGGCUCAUCGUCCUUCGCUGCAAGGCUCGGUGUUCUGGAUGGCUCCUGAAGUCGUCAAACAGACAGCAUACACGCUCAAGGCUGACAUUUGGAGCGUUGGAUGUUUAGUAGUGGAGAUGUUUACUGGCGAGCAUCCAUGGGCGCAGCUGACACAGAUGCAAGCCAUCUUCAAGAUUGGUGGAUCAUCAGCACGUCCUCCGAAUCCCCCAGACAUAUCGGCCGAUGCCGAAUCGUUCUUGGAUCGUACCUUCGACCUCGACUACGAAAAGCGUCCUUCCGCGGGUGAAUUGCUAGUCCACCCCUGGAUCGUCGGCAAACCCAGCAAGUCGGAGAAGAAAAGCGCCAGUGCGAAGGCAGCCGCUGCUUCCGAGUCGUAA